AUGAAUCCUGAAGAUCAUGAGCCAUGGUCCAACGUUAAUUGUUUUCACGAAUGUUUGGCACUACGAAGAAUAACUGUAAACAAUGAUUUUGUGAAGGCGUAUUCAUCAACUCGAGAUUGGGAUGAGGAUGUCGCAAAUGAUAGGGCUUAUGCUGGUAGCCAAGUCGAGGAAAAUUUUAUAAUUCCAAUAGAAUUGAUGGAGGGUAUGUGUUUUACCAAGAAAGAGGAUCUUCAAUUUGCAUUGCAGGGUUGGUCAAUAGUAAAUAAUGUGGAGUAUGUCAUUGUAGCUUCAAACAGAAAGAAAUUAACAGUGAUUUGUGCUCAGAGUGCCUUUUCAGACAUACCAUGUUUAUGGCGUUUGCAUGCGGGGGUAAGCAAACGUCUGGGAGGCAUAUGGAAAAUAUCUUCAAUGAAGAACCAACAUACUUGUGCAACCCCAAUUCUAGCAACUGGACAUAGUAUCAGAAGGCAUAUGGAUCUCAAGCCACGAGAGAUUAUAGGUCAAAUUAAAGCAAAGUUCAAUAUAAAAGUAUCUUAUAUGAAAGCUUGGGAUGCCAGACGAAAAGCAUUGAAAACAGUAUUUGGUAGCUGGGAGGAGUCUUACCGAACCAUAAAUUUGUUCAUGGAUGCUAUUGUGUUUUCAAUGCCUGAAACAAUUUAUAAGAUACAAUCGUCUGAGAAUCAUGGAUUUGAGAAAUUAUUUUUCUCAUUUGGACCUUCGAUAAAUGGUUGGAGUUACUAUCGCCCUGUUCUUUGCCUUGAUGGCACAUUCUUGUUAGGCAAAUAUCGAGGCACGUUACUGACCGCUGUGGGAAUUGAUGCUAAUAAUGGAUUGUAUCCCCUCGCCUUUGCAAUUGUAGAAUCAGAAUGUGUUGAUUCGUGGGUCUGGUUUCUGAAUCAAUUGCAUGUAUUACUUCCAGUUGUUAGUACCCGACCUGAUUUAUGCAUUAUUUUCGAUAGGCACGCUGUUCGUCGAAUGGUUGUUGGUGACAUUGAGCUUCUAUGCCAAAAGAUGUACAUGGCCGGGAACACUGAUGACCCAAUGGUAUUUGAUAGAUGCAUGAAAGAUAUGAUAAAGGUGAAGGCAGAUAUUCACCAGUGGUUGGUAGAGCGUGAUGUUACAUCGUGGGCUCUAACCUAUGAUGGUGGAUUUCGUUAUGGAGUUAUGACAACUAAUGCAUCAGAGUCAUUUAAUGGAGUUCUUAAAAGAGCUAGGGGUUUACCCAUUCAAGCAUUAGUUACAGCAAUAUACUAUAAUGUUGUAGCAUUGCAUUUGCGAAGAAUAGAGAUGUUAGAGGGUUCUGAAAUUGAAACAAGCAGACCCUUCGCACCAAGAGGUUGA